AUGGAUACGACUAUGUAUUCGAUUAGAUUUAAAAAGACGAUAGACAGGCCUUUGGAUUCUUACGUAAAUUCAUAUAUACGAUAAUAUUAAAUUUCAGCUGAUCGUGAAAACUGUACGAAAGUUCCAUCGACAUUCCCAGUUAGAGGUCCUGAUGGUUUGCAUUUUUCAAGGGAAACAGAUUCGAUAAGAUUAGAAAAUUCUAAUAACAUGGCAUUCACCUAAAAAUUUAUGAUCGUUAUUUGGUUCAAAUCCAUUGACAACACAUAUAUACAAAGUGGUUAAAGCAAGUCGGGAAAAAUUUUUGCGAAUAAAAGAUAUGACAACUUUAACGAUUAAGUAAUAGCUAUAUCCCAGGUUCAUUAUCAAAGUUACUAAGAAAUUAGAGCUGAUUUUCUCUUAAGUCAAUAUUGGGAUCUGAAAUCUUAAUACACUUAAUCAGUAGUAAUGAGGGUAGACACUAAAAUGUAAGGAUGGCAAUUACUCUCUGUUUCCUUCGAUUCCUCUGCAAGUUCUACAUCUAAAGUAUACAUGAGGCUGAGAAAUGCAUUCGAGCAAAAAGCUACUGAAGCAUCAUUCAAAGAUUACAUUUGGAAUGAUAUCCUGCCUAUGAAAAGAGACAUUUAUCUUGGCUCUCCUUGUGAAUCAUAUUAUAGAAAAGGAUAUUCAGAAGGUAAUCUGAUGACUAUAGGCAGAUUGUUUAUUUGGAAGAGCUUUGCAAAUAUAUUGCAAUCAUCUGACACAGUCUUUGAUAAAUAUUUUUUCAGAUAAUUUGGAAGGCCUACACCAAGUUGCAUAGGACUCAUUCCUUGCUCCUUUUGCACGAUCUAAUAUCCAGUUCCUACUUCAUUCAAUGUAGAUCUUACUUGUAGCACUGAAGGAGCUGAUUAUGGGGAAAUUUAUCUAGCUAAGUGGGAAUUUGACGAGGACUACAAUAUCACUUAGUAUAUUGUUGAUUAAAGUCCUCAUUAAAGACAUAUAAUGAAGAUUAAUCUUGACUAAGUUGAUAAUGAUGAACCUUUCAGAAUUUAUGGUCAAGGUUACAUGUUUUACAAUAAAGCUACAGUUUAUACGACUUCAGCUCCACCAUUCCAGAAUUUCCCUCAGUUCACUGUAGAGCUCUGGGUGAGGAGAUAUAAGGAUUAAACUAUCUACAAUCCAAGUGAAUAUGAGGCGGCCAUACCAAUUACAGUGGUUGAUAAACUAAACAAUGGCAAAGUCUUCUUUAAGUUGACACUUUCUGAUGUUAGAGAAUCAGUGAUUUAUCAGUUUUCAGACAACAGUGAUUAGUAAACAAGCUUUCCAGGUCUAUUUAAAUUUGAUAAAUGGCAUUAUGUGUCAUGCGCAUUCUUUAGAUAUGACUAUGAAAAAUCUGGGAGCACAAAAACUUAUAACGUUUAUGGCAAACUUCAAGUAGAUGAUGUCGUGAAGUAUAAUGAUCAAGGUAGUAGUUCUCCCGUAUACUUAUGGCCUGAUGAGUCAUUCAUCAAAAUAACCAACUAAAGAACUAUAAUCUAUAAGUCUUUGAGAAUUUUCGGAUAUGGAAGACUCAAAGAAGAGGCCUCUAAGCAAAUAUCAACUUCUUGUGAACCUCUUGGUAACUAAGCUUAAUGUACUUUGUGUCCUAGUAGCUCUAGAUAAUGCUUAAGUAAAUGCGAUCAAGAUAAAUUCGGAGAAAACUGUGACCCUUGUCAUUUCUUCUGUGGACUUUGCAAUGGUCCAUUUAAGGAUAAUUGCACUAUGUGCUCAAGAAAUCCAGCAAUAUCUAAUGUCAUUUAUUCAAAUACUUUUGGCAACUGUACAUGCGUAUCAGGAAAAUACUAUAAUGAAACCACAGAUAAAUGCGAGGAUUGCCAUGAAAAUUGUAAAGAAUGCUUUGGAGGCAAUUAAUCAUAAUGCAUGAGUUGUGCAACAGGAAAAAUAUACUAUCCAAAUACCAUUUGUGUCGAUAAUUGCAGUGAUCCCCUUGUGGUGAAUGGAACAAAGACUGGGUUCUUUAUAUAAACUGAAAUGAUUGGAGGCGUAUCUCAAAAAAUUUGUCUAAAAUGCCAUCCAUAUUGCUCUAAAUGUACUGGUGGAAUGAGCUCUGAAUGUUAAGGAUGCUAAAAUGGCUACUUACUUAAAGAAUCCACAUGCUUUGAUACCUGUCCGCUUGGAUAUUUUGCUAAUUUUCCAACUUCAAACUGCGAUCUUUGUGAUCUAGACUGCAAAACUUGUAAGGGUAGCACUAAUAAAGACUGUUUAAUAUGUAAAAAUCCAGCACUAUUAUAACAAAAUGGAGCAUGCAAGGUAAGAUGCGAUGAAGGAUUCUACGGAGAUGCUAAUUAGGUUUGUCAACCUUGCCAUCCAUUCUGUGGUACAUGUACGACUAAAUUUUCAACUGAUUGUGGAUCAUGUGUAGCUGGAUACUUUCUACAGCCUGGUAGUUCAGAAUGUUUAAGUGACUGCCCCCUAGGUUACUAUGGUGACACGGUUACUCAUGCUUGCCUAUUAUGUCAUUAUUCGUGCAAGACUUGCUCAGGUUAUGGUGCUGAUACUUGUACAGUUUGUGCUACUGGCUUUUUAAGACAAGGUUCACUUUGUGUCACAAAAUGUGAUGACAAUCAAUUUGUAGUUGAUGGAGUUUGUAAGUCUUGUGAUCCUAAAUGCUCAACUUGCUAUGGAUAUAAUGAUAAUGAAUGCUAUACAUGUGCAGAAAAUACGAUAACAUUAAUUGGCUAUUUCUAUUUUCAAAACUCUUGCAAAGGGUUAUGUCCAGAUGGAUAUUAUCAAGAUAAUUUCUCAAGAGAGUGUAAAAAAUGUAAUCCAAGGUGUGAAACUUGUAUUUCUGAUACUUUCUGCACCAAAUGCAUUGAAGGACCUUAUUAAUUAAAUAAUGGUGAAUGCACAUUUUUCACCUGCCUUGAUAACUAGUAUAGAGCUAUAAAACCUUAGCUAUCUUGCUAUGAAUGUGAUCCUUCAUGCCUUACUUGUUAAGGCAAAAGUUAAUUCGAUUGCUUAUCAUGCAGACCUAAAAAUAUGCUCGUUGCUUAGUAAUGUCUGACUUGUUCAGAAUAGCCAGGAAUGAUGGAACCAUUAGAUGAUACUAUAAAUGGUUGCAUUGAAAUUUGCGGAGACGGUUUUAAUUAUGGCUCUUAUUAAUGCGAUGAUGGAAAUAUAAUAAAUGGUGAUGGAUGCUCAGCCACAUGCGCUAUUGAGACUGGAUUUAAUUGUACUUCAGGCUCUAAAACUACUCCGAGUGUAUGCAUGGACAAUAGAAAUCCAUCUCCUCGAAUUAGCUUAGUGACAAUGUCUAAUCAAAUUCUAAUUGAAUUUGAUGAAGAAGUAUAACUAUAAAGCUAACUUGAUACAACAACAUUAAAUGUACAAAUUAAGGGUCCUCAAGGUAGCUAUAAGUUUGAAUGGAGAUUAUUGGAUUAGUACAAAACUACUGAACCUUUAUAGCUUAUUGGAAUUUAACUAUCAAUAUACUAAACACUAAAAGGAAGUGAAAAUGAGUAGGUUGUUAUUCAAUUUUCAGAUCCUAAUGUCUAUAAGGAUGCUACAGGCAAUGGAAUGAUUGUACUUCCUAUGUAUUCAUUCUUGAACAAAUUUGAUUACAUCGAUCCAGAAACUAAAGCAAAACUCGAUUCUGCUGGAGAUACCUCGAUGCUCGCAACUUUUGGUGCUGUGGCUAUUAAUCUUGCUAUUUCUCUUGUUUUUGGAGGAUCUAUAUCAGCUAUGUGGACAAUGGUCAAUACUAUUUAAUUGAUUAGUCUGCUACCUCUUUGUAAUAUUAAAUAUCCAGCGAUUACUCUUCUUGUUUUCGAAAAGAUGCUUGGAUCUCAUGGAGAAUCAACUAUUAUACCGAAUAUUCUUUAUGAUUAAGUAGUUAGCAGACCUGGUUCAGCUGUUUAAAUAGAGCCAGCAUUAAAUUCAAAAUUUAGUGAUUAUGGCUGGAAGAUUAGUAAUUUUAUCUUUUUAUCCGGAAGAAAGAUUUUAAUGUGGACUGGUAUAGUAAUAGCAUACCCCUUUGUAUGGUAUAUGAAGAAAAAAUAUGCAGAUAAACAUAAGUUCUGUAAAGUCUGGGUGAAAGGCGAACAAAAGUUUAGAUAUACAUUACUUUUAAGAGGUGUAAUAAUGUCCUAUGUCUCUAUGUAUUUAGCUUUUAUUCUUGGGAUAUUUUAGAUGGAUUUAUCAACAAUGGAGAAUACACUCUCAGCAUUCAUGGCAAUUGCUUUCGGGGUUAUUUUGACAUACCUCCCAAUUUUACUUAUGAAUGUGCUCUAGAGAAACUAUGAAAAAAUUUAAAGUGAAAAAUUCAUGCUAUCCUACUCCACUAUUGUAAAAGAAGUUGACCUAUCUCAUCCAAUCAGAUACAUGUACUACCCAGUGUUUUUAUUAAGAAGAGCAUUGUUUGCUAUUUCAUUAGUGCUUUUUGCAAACAGACCCUCUGAUUAGAUUAUAUUCAUGAGCUUCACAGCUGGUGUUAUGAUAAUCUAUGUAGUAAUAAUAAGACCUUAGAAAGAUAAAAUUAUGAUUGCACUAACCGCAUUAGGAGAGGCUCUACUAUUGUUCCUUCAUUUAUUCUCCUCAGUUUUCUUGGAUGAAGAUUUACCAGAAGAAAAAGCUAAUUCUUAUGGCUGGUUCAUUAUAAUUUUGAUAGGACUAUACAUUCUUUCAAAUUGGAUCAUCAUAGUUACAAUUACAAUUUAGCAAUUGAAACAAUAAUUCAAAAAGAGUAAAGUUGAUAAAGAGAAAUAGAAACUAAAGCAAAAGGAAGACAUGGAAUAUAAGAGAUGGAAAAAGAAGAGGUAAAUUAAAAACAGAAUUAGUAGAGAUUAAAAAAGGAACUUAAUGAUAGAGGCUUUUGAUGAAUCUAAUAAUCUAAUUAGUCAGAGUCAAUUUACUAAAAACAACAACUUAAACGGUGAUAGCAACACAAAUAUUGCAGAACUUAUAAUGCAAACAUAGGUUUAAGAUAAUCCAAACUACAAUUAAUAAUCUGAAAAUCUAGGAGUAUUUUAUAGUAAUAACUAGUCAAAUUUAUUAAGUCCAAAAACCUCAGCAUAAAGCCCAACAAUUCCAAAGUAAUUUCACCUUGUGUGUAUUUAUCUAAAAAUUAUAGGGAAAGCAAGAAUCUUCGGUAUCAAAGUAGUUUUAACAUCAAUAAUGGUGCCUACGAUUAAGAUAGAUCAUCAUAUAUAAAGGAUCUAUCAAGCAACAAGAACUUUGACUCCUCUUAAGGAUCAUUCUUCUAAAGUAAGAAUUAUACUAAAUGAAUAUUUAUUAGAGCCAGAAAGCUAAGAAAGACCCUCUUCGCAUCAAACAUUUUCUACUCCAAACGCUUUACAAAAUAAUCAAAUAAAUGAGAGUAGCAAAAUUAAUUAGAUAAACAAUGACAUAGGGGAGGAAUCAAAAGACUUUAACUUUGAAGAUGGCAAUAGCUUCAGAUCAAUACUAGUUUCAUAAGCCUAGUAACAAUUGAAAAAUUAGGCAUCAGAUCAAACCUUACCGAUGAAUGAUACAGAGUAAAAGAAACCAAUUAUUAAUCCUUUCUUCGGUGAAACAGUCAAAGUCAACUAAGUUGAUGAUGAGCAAGAAGAUGAUCUAGAUAAUUUCUUGGCUGUUAGAAAACCUGAAAAGAAAAAAGAUAUCCCAAUCUGGUGA